AUGGCGUUUCUUCAGACGCAAGGAUCGGCGAAGCUAGAGCAGGUCACGCAGCUGCUAAAUCGUCUUGAAGACGACCUAAAAGAGAGCAACCUCUCGACAGCUGACAGAGUCCAAACCCUCCUACAGCUCCGACAACAUGGCACGAGCCCCGCCAACGCAGAACCGAUUUAUUCACAGAAUGGCAUGAAUGUUUUGGUACGCUAUGGAGUUGAGGGAGAGACUCAUGACGUGCGACGAGCGGCCUUGCGCUGUGUUGCAAAUGCGCUUCUGCUUGUUCCCAGAAUGCGUCAGAAUUUUGUCGACACGGGAUACAGUGGAAAGCUAGCAGAGAAGCUCAAGACUGAUGAAUCGGAAGACGAAAUGAUCACCAGUCGUAUAUUGUUCUACGCAACCUAUGACACCACGCUGGACUUCAAAGACUUGAUCACGACACAUGCACUUGCAGACAACGUCAACUAUCAACUGAGCCGUCACGCAGACCAGUUUCCCAAGUCAGGAAGGAAGCCUUUGUCACAGAUGGACGAAUUGGCACUGACAGACACAUUGAAGUUGAUAUACAACAUCUCCAAGAUUUUUUCUGAUCUCGCCGUUCACUUCUCCCCCUCUAUCUCCCACAUCUUGAAAAUCAUCAGCCGCAUUGAUAUCCCGGCAAAGCCCCUGGAUGGGCUUGUGGGCUAUUUGCUCAAUGCGUUGUCUAUUCUUGACUUGGAGGAAAAGAAAGGCAAGGCUUUCGAGAGCAGCCCCCUUUUCCCGACAUUUGACCAGAACUGCAACGUGGAGAGAUUGAUCAAGAUUUUGGACCAGGCAGUUUCUUCGUAUAGCACCGAGGAGCUGAAUUCCAAGGCUAUCCCAUUACUAUAUUCACUCAUCGCAAUGUACGAAGUGGCACCCGAUGCGCCCCGCGAAAAGAUGCAGCACCUUCUUUUGCCUGAAGGCGACGGCAGCGUGCCCAUUGGCCAGUCUGACACGCUUUCCUCAAAACUACUAAAACUCUCAACAAGCCACUUUGCCGACCUCAAAGUUACAAUCUCCGAACUGAUGUUUGUGCUGUCGGGUAAGGAUGCUGAGAAAUUCACUAAAAACAUUGGCUAUGGCUUUGCUGCUGGUUUCUUGGCGGCACGGGGCAUUGAGAUGCCAAAGAGCGCAAGUGAAAAGUAUGCAGUCAACGAGGACCCUGAAACAGCUCGCAACCCGAUCACUGGGCAACGGUGGGCCGCUGAGCCACAGGAUACGGGUCCCCCUAUGACGAUGGAGGAGAAGGAGCGUGAGGCAGAGAGACUCUUUGUGCUGUUCGAGAGAGCGAGAGCCAAUGGUCUCAUCAAUGUUGAAAACCCCGUGACCAAGGCUCUCCACGAGGGGAGGUUCGAAGAACUAUCGGAUGAUGCCGAUAGCGACUGA